CUUCACUUCACUCCACCAUCUCCUUCGAAACGCGCCUCAUCUUCCCCGACUUCGCCUGUCCGCCCUCCAAUCUCGCGACACCUUCCUCCUAGUCAGAUACUCGGUCCCUCGACAGGAGAGUCCGCGCAAGAUGGACUUCUCGGAUAUCUUCCGGAUCGUGAACCUAGUGGUGGGUGUAUUGAUGAUACUGGGAGGAAUUGGUCAAUUCUGGCCUUCAUUCUCGGUACAAGCCAUUAUCAUUGCGGUAUACCUUUGGAUAUUCGGGUUGGCCACGGCCGCUCUUGAGUUCCAGAUCCCACCCCAAGUCGCGCGAUAUGCCUCGUUCAUGUUCUCAUUCAUCGGCCGAGGAAUCUUCUAUGUCUUCAUGGGAUGCAUCGUCAUGGGUGACAAAUGGUGGAAGUACCUCGAUGGUGCGCUCGUCGUGCUGGUCGGAAUCGGAUACAUUGCGCUCGAAUUCGUUCCCAGCAUCGAGCCGCCUGCGAACAUGAGGGACGCCGACGCCGGCUGGGGAGCUGAGCAGGUUUAGAUCUGCUAUGGAGUCAUAUGACUUCUCAGGACCAGCCAUGCGCGACUGAUCACGAUCGUGGGCAUUCGUGGGCCGGACGGUCGUGAGCGGGAGCGAGACGUGUCCAAAGUUCAAUAUAAUCCACGGAAGGUGACACCUGAUCUUUCGGGGCCUGAUGGUAUGAAUAACGCUCGCCAGGCUAUGUAGCGCGCGAUCUUGCACAAAGUCCGCUAGCAGCCCAAGGAAGUGCAAUCCCUAAGGACCAGGUAGUUUUGUCGAGUGAGGAUCGAUGCUCGCUCGCACGCAGAUUCCAGGAUUCGUGCGAGGAGGUAAUGAUGCGUACGCACUUGUACAUAUGUUUUGUUACUCGAUUUUACCCCCAUGAGCGCUCUCUCUCUCUCUCU